AUGGGCGAGACUAUCGCCCCGGGCACUCAAAUUGAACGAUGGUACGUAGAAAAGAAACUUGGAGAGGGAGGAUUCGGCGCAGUCCGUGAUCAAACAGGACAAUAUGCUUUAAAGGUAGAGGGAGUAGACGAAAAAGUGCAGGUGUUAAAAAUGGAAGUAUUCGUACUCACUGAGUUGAUGGCUCGAGGUGGCCGUCACUUUUGCAGAAUUGAAGACAAAGGAAGAUUCGGGAACUUCAAUUAUGUUGUAAUGACACUUGUGGGCAAGUCACUGCUAGAUCUGCGCAAGGCCCAGAGCACGCAGCGUCUUACCAUAGCUUGUGCUCUUUCUGUAGGCAUACAAUGCUUAGAAGCUCUUGAGGAUCUGCAUGGAAUUGGAUAUCUCCACCGAGACGUUAAACCGGGUAACUAUACUGUGGGGCGGCCAGAACUGCAAGAGUUACGCAAAGUUUACAUUCUUGAUUUUGGAAUGUGCAGAAAAUUUACGAAUGAUCAGGGAAUCAUCAGAAAACCCCGUGCAGCUGCUGGCUUCCGAGGAACGGUCCGCUAUGCUCCCAUUUCGUGUCACAUGCAAAGAGAGUUAUGUAGAAAAGACGAUGUUGAAACGUGGAUGUAUCAGCAAGUGGAGCUCACAGUUGGACGAGUCCCCUGGAGGGAAGUCCAAGAUAUAAAUCAGGUCGGCGAGUAUAAAAAGAGAUGUCGUCAACCGCCAGGAAUUUAUGAAAUGUUUGCUCCGCCGUGCCCUAGAGAGUUUCACGAAAUACUACAACUUAUCGACUCUUAUAAGUACUAUGACCAGCCUAACUACCAGCAAAUCUAUACGCUCAUGCGAAGAGCACUACAAAACUGUGGGCAACCAGAGUUCCCGUAUGAUUGGGAGCGAUAG